UGCACACACAGCCUGCGCUUUUCUUUUCUUCGCCUUCUCUUCUUCCCCUCUCUCUCUCUCUCUGCUGGCCUGGCAGAUAUUUUUCCUCCGAUGAGAGUAUACAUCUCGGCCUCCGCAUCCCUAUCCCUCCAUCGUCUCCAGGAGGAAGACGACGGACCACCAAAUCCAGCGGAUCUUUUCCCCUCUUCUCCAUCGAUCUGCGUUUCUCCCUGAGAAAAUCGACGGCAAAAAAUAUCCUCGCUUUGAUCUCCGGCGCCGUCCGGCGAGAGUUCUUGGGCGGAGGAGGAGCUCGGGUUCCAUCUGUUCGUCCAACCGCCCGGAUCCAUGGGGGACGUGUCCACGAUUCAACGCCCGCCCGGCGCUGCCGCCAAGCAGGGUGAUCAGGUUGGAGAGCUAGUGUCGGCCGGAUGGACCAACGACACCCACAACAUGUACAUCAGCUCCAUGGAGGCAUCCUUCAUGCAGCAGCUCCGUGGCCAGCAGCAGCACCACCACCACGCCGCUCCUGACAGGAACAUGACCCAUGUGGGUGCUGGCCAUGGGCUCAAGCCACACCAAGAGGGAGCUUCAGAUAACGCCGGGGCCGAGAGGAACGUCUCUCGCUCGCGUGAUGUGGGCGCAAGAGGCCUGCCUGAGGAUCCGUGGGCAAGGCGUUUCAAGCCACGCGAUUCUGCUAUGAAUCGUCGUGGUGAUGGGGUUGGUGCUUCUGAUGGUGAAUCGGGUACUGAUACGGUUCAAGGGGCGGUUCCGAAGCAUGGAAGAGAAGUAGUCAGUUGCGUUGGAGGAAAUCUUGUUGACAAAACCUCAGAAGUCUCUGGUCAAAACUUUCCUGAAGAUGAGGUUCAUUCCGCUGCUCAGCCAAGCAAAUCGUGCAAGAAAAGGAGGCCUGCCUCUUCCACUGCUGCAGGUUCUUUCAUCUCGAUGCUCGGCGACAAGCGGUGGUGAAGGCCUGCGUAUGUGUUCUAGAAAUUCUUGCUGAAGCAGUUGUGAUAGGUGACUGGUGCGGCUGCUAAUCUUUUUAGCUCGUCUGAUAGCUCUCGAUUGGCCUGCCCUUUCGGCGUGAAGGGAAGACAAUUCAUUGGUGAUUUGUGUCUAGUAUCCUCUCUGCAGAGCAUCAGGCUCAAGUUUGCAGAUCUGCGAGAGUGGAGGUGUGAUGUGAUGCCUUGUGGUGGUGUAUUUCUUCAGCAUCUGCUGUCUGCAAGCGAAUCAACGGUUCCUUGCCACGGCAAAAAUGUAUUGGAGAGUUUAUACUUUAUACUACAUUACUUUUGAUGUCACAUGGGUGCAAUAAACUUGUUUGGUUCAGAGACA